AUGGACCGAGAUUGCUUUAAUUUGGUCGUACAGAAGAUUAUGUUUGAUGACAUCCAAAUGGCACAAAAAACAAAACAAUUGAUAGACAAACAUUAUCUCGACAUGAAAUUUUGGACUUGCUUGCUGGUGGCUGGUGCCCUGCAGGGACCAGGUGGUGCCGUCGGCUGCGGCGCCGCCGCCACCGUCGUUGCAGCAGCUAGGCCGGGAGUAGCCGAGCAGGGAAGAAGCAUAAUUGUUUUCUAUAUUCUGCUCCUCCCACCGACCAGUUGA